UGUACAGAGGUGUCAAAAUGAUUUGCUUGUCUGGAUUAAAAAUGUCUGUCUGUUCACUUUCACAUGCAUUUCUCAGGCGCAGACAGUGAGAACACAUUGUGCAGAGUGCUGUGUGUAAAUCAUUUGCUGCUGUGAUUUGUUGUCUGAUUAUGUAGGGAUAGCGGGGACCUUCCUCCCUUCACUCUCCCAUUAUCCUCCUCCCUUGCACUUAAACUUAAUCUUCUUUCCAAUGGGAAGCUACAGGAAAUUCCAGGGUAGUGGCCGGGGAGGGCAGUCACACAUUCUCCCCAUUUAGCACACACACAUACACACACAUACACACAUAUGGAUGUGGUCAGUAGUGGGAGGGGAUGGAUGGGUGUGUGUGCUUGGCGAGGUAACAUUGUGCUAGCGGCUGUUGCUUUGUGGGUAUGGAUGCCAUCAUAAUUCAGGAACUUCUGGCCGAGAGAUUGUUGUCUCCCCGAACUCUGACACAGAGGACCUACCCUAUGAAACUAAAGGACCAAGAAAAGCAAUAUGUUGGGUUUGCAACAUUACCCAAUCAAGUCCACCGGAAAUCGGUGAAAAAAGGAUUCGACUUCACGCUUAUGGUUGCAGGAGAGUCCGGCCUAGGAAAGUCUACCCUGGUCAACAGCCUGUUCCUGACUGAUCUCUACAAGGAGAGGAAGCUGCUGAAUGCAGAAGAAAGAAUAAGUCAAACGGUGGAGAUAUUAAAGCACACAGUGGACAUUGAGGAGAAGGGAGUGAAGCUAAAGCUGACUAUAGUAGAUACUCCAGGCUUUGGGGAUGCAGUGAAUAACACAGAAUGCUGGAAGCCCAUUACUGACUACAUAGACCAACAGUUUGAACAGUAUUUCCGGGAUGAGAGUGGACUGAAUCGGAAAAACAUCCAGGAUAACAGAGUGCACUGCUGCUUGUACUUCAUCUCACCUUUCGGACACGGGCUGCGGCCAGUGGAUGUGGCAUUUAUGAAAGCUUUACAUGAGAAGGUUAACAUUGUUCCUUUGAUUGCCAAGGCUGACUGCUUGGUACCAAGUGAAAUUCGCAAGCUGAAAGACCGGGUCAGAGAGGAAAUUGAAAAGUUUGGAAUAAAAGUAUAUCAGUUCCCAGAAUGUGACUCAGAUGAAGAUGAUGAAUUUAAACAGCAGGACAAGGAACUGAAGGAAAGUGCUCCAUUUGCUGUAAUUGGAAGCAAUACAGUGGUAGAGGCCAAAGGUCAGAGGGUACGAGGUCGCCUCUAUCCAUGGGGCAUUGUGGAAGUGGAGAACCAGGCACACUGUGACUUUGUGAAGCUGCGAAACAUGCUGAUUCGGACACACAUGCACGAUCUUAAAGAUGUAACAUGUGAUGUGCAUUAUGAAAACUACAGAGCACAGUGCAUACAGCAGAUGACUAGGCAUGAAGAAACGCAGAGCACUGCAGAAAGUAAACUUACUCAGGAUAACAGGAUAGAGAGUCCAAUUCCUAUCCUUCCUCUGCCAACACCUGAUGCUGAAACAGAGAAACUCAUAAAAAUGAAGGAUGAAGAGCUGCGGAGAAUGCAGGAAAUGUUGCAGAAAAUGCAGCAGCAGAUACAGGAUCAGUGAGCACUCAUCCCAAUGGCACUUAACUUUCACAUUUCCUGACCCUAAACCCAUCACUUCAAGGACCAGUUUGGAGAUGGAUGUGGUGCCCAUGGACUCAUUGCAGUAUCUUAUUUAUUGUUCUCAAACACCCGUCCGGUAUGAACUCCUCCCUUGGUUGACUUCCCUCGUUUCUCAGAACUUCCCAACAAAAAAGCCAAGCACUUCCCAAAAAUAAUCCUGUUUACAGUCCAGGCGUGCCCACUAUGCAGCAAGGAGAUCCAGAAAUUCUUUAGUACAUUUUGACGUGAUGGAAAAUGGCAUGGCAGCCCAUUGUGGGAAAGCACCCACUUGGACAUACUGGAGGAUAUAAUGUAUAUGACCGCUUCUAUCAUCUGCAUGGCUUCCGACCUUAACACAAAAAACAGGGUGGCUUUUGGGAAGGGAGAGGCAGAUCAAUAAUAGUUUUUUUUUUACCAAUACCAUAUCCCUGAUCUAAGAGAAGCUUGUGAUAAUUUUUGUUUGUACAGUGUUGCAGUAUCUUGGACUCAGGACUUGUUUUGUUUUUUGCUGUAUUGAUGUUUACUCACAAUAACAGUUACUCCACGAGUAACCUGCUAAUCAUUAGAAGCACCAGAGAGGAGGUAGUGCCUCCGAGAACAGUGCAAAGGGAUGCACGGAGAUGACAUUGGUUUCCUAAUUUUAUGCCAUACAUUGAUAUUCACUGGAAGCGAUAACCAAACCAGUCCUAAAUUUUGUUGUGAAUUCCAUCAUGUCAGCCAAGUGUAGACACUCAAUACAGAAUUGGUACUGGUCUUA